UGCUGUCGAUCGGCCGGACAUUAUUCGAUUGCGGUGGUUUGUUGAUAUCGGAAGGAGGCGGACGGUCAGACUGUUUCGGCCGCUCGGGCUGCCGUUCUCCCGGAUGGCUUGUCACGCACCCACCGGCGGCGGACCAGGCCGAGUCUGAUCGGCUCAGUCUCCGGAAGGGGGCAGUGUCCGAGCCUGGAGCCCAUGACAGGCUGAACCUAACCGGUCCCACCGGGACUGCCCGAACCGAGAGUCCGCACCGUGUCCCAGCCGGGCUCCCUGCCCAGGCCGCACCAUGAGCGCCUCCCCGGCCUCCGGCAGCUCCAACCCGCGGAAAUUCAGCGAGAAGAUCGCUCUGCACAACCAGAAACAGGCCGAGGAGACCCGGGCCUUCGAUGAGUUAAUGACCGACCUGACCAUGUCCCGGGUUCAAUUCCAGAAACUGCAGCAGUUACGACUCGCACAAUCCCGGGCUCAGUAUUAUGGUGGCUCUUUGCCAAAUGUAAACCAGAUCAGCAGUAGUCCAAAUGAUUUCCAGCCUAAUUUUCAUCAUACUGACAACAUAAGAGGAAUGCGUCACCAUGGACUGGUGGAAAGAGCGUCUCGUAAUCGACUCCACUCGCCUCAUCACAGACCUAUAGAGAAACAUGGACGUCAAUUCGAAAGCUCUCCGUAUGGAUCUGUUUAUCUCUCUCCACCACCAGACAACAACUGGAGAAGGCAGCAGGUUCCCUGGAAUGAAGAGAAACGACCAGGAUUUAGACUUUUGUCUGCUCUCAACAGAACAAAUUCUGAUUCCGCCCUUCACACCAGCGCCUCAAGUAAUAAAUCCCAGGAUCCAUUUGUGGGAGGAAAUCAGUCUGCAGUGCGGUUCCCCAGACCUCCACAACGAAACACAAGUUUACAGGACAGUGAACUUGACAACUAUGAAGUUUUCUCAUUUCAAAAUGCUUUGGCCGAUGAGAAUUUAAUGAAUGUUAAUAAGCCACUGCCGAAGCAGUUAUGGGAAGCCAAAAAGGUUCAGUCAUUGACGUCACGUCCAAGGUCUUGUGAAGUUCCAGGCAUUAAAGUCUAUCCAUCUAAUGAUCAGAAUACCAGCCUCUCUCAUUUCCAGGGGAAUCUAAAUACAGGAGGCUCACUGCCAGAUUUAACAAACUUGCAAUUCCCAUCACCUCUGCCAACCCCUUUGGAUCCAGAUGAUACAACGUAUGCCAACAUUAGUGCAGAGAACAGCUCAAGUGGUUUACCAGCGGCCAUGACUCUUCUGGGCAUCAGUGGUUCUCCAGGUAUGCAGAACCCUCACAGUAACCAUUCUGUGCAGACAAUGAAUAGCCCUCUGGCCUCCACUGUGAACAACCAUGGGUCAACAUCUGGGCGUAACAACCCUGCUUUUCACCCGUCUCUUCGCCUGGCCUCCCUCAGCAAUCCCUCCCUCAAUACUGCUACUCUUGGAAGUUCCCCGAGACGUAGACAAACUCCUGUUAGUCCUUUAACACUUACACCAGGCAGUGAAUCAAAUCGGAGCAUGAGUGGCCAGUUCUCUCCUACUAGUCCGAUUUCCAUGUCUGCAAAUUCACAGGGGGGUAAUAUGGAUCACAGCCCCCUUUCUCUUCCACCUUUGGAUCCUCCUCCGCCUUAUCCAUUGUAUCAAGAGCAAUCCCAGCAUUCAGUUCUUCAACAGCAUUUGCAUGAAUCUCCAGAGUCCCAAAACUACCAGCCGCCCUCACCAGUGCCCUGUCCACCUUUGGAUCUGAAUUUGGCUAGUAAUUCAUUGAGUGGCUUUUUUGGAGAUGCUUUCUUUGAUCAGCAGCAACCUACAAGACAGGGGAGGCAAAUGUGGCAGCAGCAAGACCAGUAUGACAUGUUUGGAAGCCCAAGCAGUUCCCUUCCGAACAGCAAUGCAUUCUUGGAUCCAAACAUGAACCUCCAAUACUCUCAGGCAGCAAUGAUGGGAUUAGGAGGCAGUCAUGGAAACCUACAAGAUCCUUUCCAGCUAAGGGCAAAUAUGUUGUAUUCCAACUGUGGAGGAAGUGUACCAAAUAUAAUUUUGACCGAUGACUCAAGCAGUAGUUUAUCAAGAGAUAUUAGCAAUGCAGUGGCUGGAGUGUCUGAGAUGGGUUUUGAUGCUGAUAAUGCAUUUCCAUUGGAUGAUGAUCUGAAAAUUGGACCUCUGAGCUUGGAUGGGCUGAGCAUGUUAAGUGACCCAGAUAUGGUUCUUACUGAUCCUUCCAUAGAGGACAGUUUUCGUUCAGACAAGCUGUGAUUCAGACUUUAUGCAGAGUACAGACUGCUUCACCACUUCUUCAAGAAGCGAAAUAAAUAUGCUCCAGACAAAAAGGACACGUCAUGCAGUUUACCAGCCUCGUUCACUAGAUUCAAACCUAUCUACAGGUUCUUUGGAUACAGACAAGUCAGAGUUCCUGAUAUUUGGAAUGAUUUGACAGUUGGAUAUCAUCUUAACUAGAAAUUGCAUUAAAAACUAAACCAGAUGCUCUUGAAAUAGCAGCUGAAAUCUUUUACCUUUUUAAAAUGGUAAUAUGGAAUUGCCUUAAUUUUUUAAUGUUUAUACAGACCUGCAACUCCUUGGGAAACCAUAUUAUGCAUAUAUUUGAGUUUCCAAUGGUAGAAAUAUUGACUAUCAUUAAUACACAAUGAAGAUUUGCUAUACAGACUGAAACCACUGACCUCAAUGAGUGCUAAUGAAUAUUUCAAUAACAAGGCAUAAAAAAAUCAAUUUCCCAUGGAUUGUCACCAACCUUUCUUAAGAUGUGGUGUUAAAGCAUACCAAAUUACCAAAUUUAAAUACAGUAAGCCAAUACCUGUGCAAAGAAAAGCCUGUGCCUUAGUAGUAGAGACUUUCCUCAGAUUUAAUUUAAUGCCUGUGCGUGUAUGUAUGUGUCUGUGCGU